AUGGACUUGAAGCGUAAUAGUAAGCGAUCUCUUCUGGGCGUCAAAGAUGACUGUUGUGCAAGUACUCUGUCGGACGGCUGCAGUGAAACUGCAAGUUUGUGCCUUCGACUUCAGCACGCUCAGUCGCUUCUCGCCGCACUGGAGAGACUGCGAAAUCGUGAAGAACUCUGUGAUGUAAUCCUGAAGAUUGCCGAGACAGAGAUAAAAGCGCAUCGAGUCGUUUUAGCAGCAGUGAGUCCGUAUUUCAAUGCCAUGUUUACGGGUGAUCACAAAGAAAGUAGGCAGAACGUUAUUCAGUUGAACGGCUUAGAUCCUUCCGCUGUCUGCUUGUUUGUGGAGUUCGCUUACGUUGCAAAGGUCAAAAUAACGGCGGACAACGUGCAGUCGCUGCUCACUGCCGCAAGUUUGCUUCAGGUUGAAUCUUUAGUGGAAAAAUGUUGCCACUUUCUGGAAAGCGAAUUGCAUCCUUCAAACUGUCUCGGGAUCAGGCGUUUUGCAGAAAGUCACGGUUGCUUUGCAUUAAGUAAAAUCGCAAAACAGUAUGCAAUGCGGAAUUUUGACCAAACAACACAGCUGGAAGAAUUUUUGCAGUGUUCUAUAGAGGGAGUUAUUGAAAUUCUUAGUGAAGAUGUUUUGUAUGUCCGCCACGAAGAAGAAAUAUAUGAGGCAGCCUUGAGAUGGCUCAAUUACAGUAAACAAGACAGGCUAGAGAAAUUUCCCAAAUUAGCUGAGGUAAUUAGGUUUCCCUUGAUGGCAUGGGAAUUCUUGGUGACAAAAGUCUUAGACGAUGGUUUGAUCACAAGCAACCCUCACACGUUGUACCUCUUUGAGGAGGCAAGGAGGUACCACCUCGCUCCUCAGUUACGCCAUGAAAUGAAUCAGGGCAGCCGGUUAAGGCCGCGCAAGCUGUAUGGCCAGGCAGAGUGGAUCUAUGUUAUUGGUGGGGAAACUAGUCCAGGUAAUCAGAUGCAAGCGAGUGACGGAACCCAGCCAAUAAGUAACCACAUUACUAAUACAAAUAUUUUGGAUCUUGUGUACUUGAGGCACCCCUGUUGAAAUGUUGGCCAACAUAUCAGCCGAUACUUGAUUAAUAUAUUGGCCAAAAUUAUAUCAGCCGACAUGUCAAGUCUCGGUUGUCGUGUUGAUUGACAUUACUUGGCUGAGUAUUAGUCAAGCUGUUACCUGAUAUGUCAACUGAUAGAUGGUCCUGACGACUUAUAGUAUGGGUCAGAAUGUUGACCAAAAAAACAGUUGACAUAUUGAUUGAUAAGCCAUGAUUAUUCAGCUGAUACGUUACUGAUACUUGGUCGACUCUUCUGGCCAGGGGUUCGUUUCUUAAAAGACCCGGAAACUUUUCGGGCCCAACGGCAAUUUUUAAAAUGAAAACCUAUUGAUGAGAUGCACAUUUCCUAGCUCACAAACCAGUCAAUUUUUGAUCUAAUCACUUUCAAAAGUAUUGAAACUUUGAUCUUGAAUGCAAACAUGGCAAACAUAAACAGCUUUUUGGAACUGAAAAGUUCCUGGGACCUUCAAUAAACAGGCUCCUGGAGUAUUAUUUCCUGUCAACUCAAAUUUCUGUUAUUUGUGUUGCCCAGGCAGCAAUUUUGAACUGACUUUGUCAACUUUGACUAGCCUAGUGUGAGAGUAUGGCAAAAAGCAGUUCUCAGUGAACUGGUGUGUAAAAAUGCCUUCCUCAUGACCAGGGAUCCAUUUCAGCAGCCAUAAGGUCGUCCAAGAUGACCAUAACAUUGUUCAGACCAGUAUGAUAAUGGGCGAUUCCAGAAAAUAUCCAUACCAUACCACGGACGGCUUCCAUGUUUUAAACCCCCCUUGCCUUCGGAAAUUCCAAAAUGCGUUACCCCCCCAUGCCCUCAGAAUUCCAUAAUCGUGAACCCCCCCUCCCCUUCAGAAUUUCCGUUUUUUUUGGGAAGUACAUUUUCGACUUAGCAACGCCUAUAAGAACAAACGAACAUGAAUCUAUGCCUCCUCAGGGCUGUGAUCUAGCGGCGCUAGGCGACAAGCUUUACUCUUCAGCGACAAGAAAAACCUACCGCUAGUGACCAGGCUGUGAAAACUUCUUUUUAAGUCCGAAUUUGGCUAUAAUAAUAAACACCAUUUACGGCAGUUUUACUCCUCUUUAUUUUCUUGUGCUGUUUUGACGUUUACAAAGCAGAAUAGCUCAAAUUCAGACAGUUACAAUCUUUCAGCGGUCAAAUAUACCGUCGAGUCUUGUUGCGUCCUUUUAUACGUUAUGUAGUGUUCACGAAAAGUGUUCUCAACCCAUAUGUCUCAUGUAGUGUACAUGAAAUGUAUCAUGAUAAAAGAUUAGGUCGAGUAUAAGGAAAAUCAUGAGACUUGUUUAUUUUGGGGGCAAUUAAGGGAUUUCUUACAUUUUCCGAGGACAUUCCCUUCUCUAAACCCUUCAAAUUAUUCCUUCACAAUGUUUAGCCCACAAACAACAGACCUCGUUCUCCCGAGUCUUCCUCCGAUUGCCCUCCGACGGUCCGAAUGCUUCCAGGCGUUCCUUGGAAGCGAGGGACUGGUGCGAGUUUUUUAUCGUUCAUCGGACGGGAGUAACAAGAAAUUUGCAAGCGGUAAGAUUUAUUCAUGUGACAAGAAAUUCAUCAAGGUAAAUGUGAAACCCACGUUUUACUGUUCACUUGUAUAAGUUAUGAGCGUAAACACGUGUCUGAUCUAUCGAUCCUUGUCUUCUGCUUCCGCGGUCAUACGUUCGUGGAUUAUUUACGAACUACAAAAGUCCACAACAAUACCGUUUUCAAGGAACUCACUCUACACUUUCUACUCCAGAAAUCCCACCUGUGGAAUUCACCAGUACCUUCGGAUAUCCAAUCGUAAAUACCACCCCCCCCUACCCUCAGAAUUCCAUAAUCGUGAACCCCCCCUCCCCUUCGGAAAUCCUAGAAGCCGUCCGUGGUAUGGUAUGGAUAUUUUCUGGAAUCGCCCAAUACAAAAACUCAUCCACUGGAUGACUAACUUUUGAGAGUUUUUUUUAAUGUAACAUCCAAGACCUUACCUGCUGCUUAGCUUUCCACAAACCACAAAAGCUGAAGCUGCUGGCAUUAUGCUCUGCAAAGUUGGUCCAGUUGCUUCCAAACUUGACCAAAGUGUUCUCAUACAAAAAUUAUGAUUUUCUGGAUUAUUGCACUUUGACUUGAUCAAGAUCCAUGAAAAGUCCUGAGAUCCCCUGAAGGCAAGUGCAAUUCUCACUGCCAAGCCUUGAUGGUAACUUCCUUAAAUAAGGACACUCUUGAGACACUGAUUAUGUUGUUCCGUACUUGUCAGUGCCUUUCUCAUGUCUACAGGUGUAUAAUUUAUGCAAUAAUUUCAGGCAAAUAAAAUCUAGCCAGGGCAAGCAUAUCUUUUGACAUAAUUGCCUGCCGGACAACUUUGAAAAAAUACUACUAAAAUUAAUUAUGGAUCCCUGCUCAUGACUAAACUCGACACAUGUCUGAUACAGUUUGAAUACUUGAUAUUUUAGGUAGAAAUACAGUGAAGAGUGUGGAAAAAUACAACCCAACUACAGACACCUGGUGCGAAGUGUCUCCAAUGUUGACUCCACGCCGUGGACUAGGAGCAGCUAUUUUAGAUGGCAUUUUGUAUGUUGUUGGUGGAUCAGAUGGAAUUGCAGCUGUAAAUCAGGUAAAUUUGUUUUUUAGAUAUCUGGCCAUUGCCAUUUUCCAAAAAUUAUAUGCGUCAAGGCAUUCAUCUUCUCAGAAGAGACCCCUGUUUGACAAUUCCACCCAUUAAUGCAAAGAUUUAAUGGUCACUAAUGGGGGGUGGUUGCGUAUGAGAAUUGAUAAACAGGGGGUCUCUUCUGAGAAGAUGUCUCAACACAUCUAAUUUUUGGAAGAUGAGUUAUUACAUGCAAUUUCUGAGUUAUGUGUAAGAAUAGUUCCAUGUUGUUAAUGAACGUUCUUGUUAUACUCUGGGCGGUGCAGGACAUACUGCAAACAGAGACCACAUCAUGCUUCAAGUGGUCUCUUACAAGGUUAAAAACAACGGAAAAUAAAAACUGUCAGGCCAAUGAAGAAGUCGCAGUUGUGUAUGAAUGGGUGGUCGUUAAUGAGAGGGGCUGAUUAUAAGGAUGUGAUCUUUAGGAGAAUUUUGGUGUUCUGGAAAGAAGAUUAUGGAAGGUGGUCAUGAAGAAGAGGUGGUCGCACAUGGAGGUUCAACUGUAUUUACCUUAUCAUUUAAUACUGCUUGUGUUGGGCAACCUUUUUAUGGAAAAUUAAGGCUUCAUAAUAUGUUAAGUAUUGGAAAUUAAUGUGACUUAUAAAGUUAAUGCAAAUUUAGUUGAAUAUGACUUUCAAAAAAAUGAAAUUAAUGCGACGCUUACAAAGAAACAAAAACUUGUUGGGACAAAAGAAGUAAAGUUAAACAUACAAUCUGAAAUGCAAACUUUGUUCAUGGUACUUUCCCUAAAUGUAUGAAGGGGGCUUACUGAGGAAAUCUGGCCACGAGGGUUCUUCACAGUUUCACUGUUACUGGCAAAUCUCCACCCUGAUAAAAUACUCCUCUUUCUUAGGUGUCAAGAAUGUCAGAAGUGUAUAUAAAAUAAUUGAAAUUGAGGUCAUGGAAAUUAAUGCUCUACUUAAUUAACGUUUCAAGAAAUAAUGCUAAUAAUGCUAAUUUCAUGAAGCGUAAAUUUCCUAUAACACAUGUAAGGUAAUAAAUGCUAGCCUGGCGGGUCACUCCACUUUCUCUGGGCUAUCAGACAGCACUCUCAUCAUGCCCUGCUAAUAAAAUUGUGAUCAGACUACAAUUUCUCUUAAUAAUUAUAUCUUAAAUUUUUGUAAGGCAAUGUUGUGCUCUGGCAGUGACCAGUUGCCCCUGGCAUCAAACAGUGGCUCCUGGACGACUUGAAAAUCUUAGUUUCAUAUUGAAAUGAUUUGCUGGGCACCCUGGAUUUCACAGGUUUAGAGCACUGGGCUCUGUUCAAUUUUUCACGGAGCACAGUAGUGUAAGGGUCACGAAGUCAAAGGAAAUAUAUUAGGGAACUUCAGAACCACGACGAAGUUCAUGACGACGACGUCUGUUGACUGGGAAAGGACUGGAACGAGAACGUCAGUUUCGGCGGGAAAAAGGAAACUUAAGAUGCAGUCGAUCGAUAGGUCGACGACGACGACACUGAAUGUAAACAAACAUGUAGAAGUAGUACAACUGUGAUGUUCGUUCGCAACAAAGUUUUUUUGCAAAGGCAUCUUUUAAGAAGAUGCAAGAUCUUAUUUUAUAAGCUGUACGUCUACUUUCUUUGACGAUGAAGAAUUUUUAGUGUUGUCUGACCUUUACGAAUGGAAAAAUCUCUGCUUUCCGUACGAAGGUUAUUCAACUUUCAACCUGAAUGACAUGACCGAGUCCGAGUGUCUGUCAGAGUUUAGAUUUGGAAAAAGAGACAUUCCGAUGCGAUAGCUGUUUUCCAUAUAAAGUUCAUUUCCUCUGUAUUAAAGAUAUAUGAUUUGCCUGACCUAAAUACGUUCAAAUAAAUUUGUCACUUACGAGUUCGCUCCCUCGGCCUGGACAGCUCAGUGUUGUCUUCGAAGUAAACACAAUUCAUCAGUCAAAUUUUCAAUCAACAUUGCUUGUUAGCAGAAAAAAGAAAAGAUACCUGGAUUUAUGAGGUGAAAAAAUACAAAGCCCUUGAAAAAUCGCUUAAAAACAGGGAGUUAUACCUGCCGAAGCUUGUGGACUGCAGGACGACGUGACUCUACUGUGUUUGGCGUCGUUGACGACACCACGACGACGAAAUUUGUUAACCGCGCUUGCGCAGUGCACGGUAUCUCACUUCCGGUCGUCGUCGUGGUUCUUAAGUUCCCUAUUGUCUUUCUUUGUCCAUUAUAUUCAUUUUUUACAUGUUGAUUUAUAGCAUACCUUAGCAAGGCCUAUUGAGCCUUUUUAGGAAGAUUCUUAAAAGUGCAAUCAACUAAUAAUGAAAAGAUGGACAUUAAAAUAAUGAUGGCCAAAGAUAAAAAAAAAUUGAUUUUAAGUGGCCAUUUUCCACUUUGGCAAGUCCCUUUUUCUACAUAGGUGGAAUAUUAUGAUCCUAGUUUAGAUGCAUGGGCAUCAACUGCAAAUAUGAUAGAACACAGAAGUAGCGUGGGUGUGGCUGUUUUAGAUGGCUUUCUUUAUGCUGUCGGCGGGUAUAAUGGGCAGGCAACUGUUAAGACAGUGGAGCGGUAUAACCCCCGUAUGGCAGAAUGGCAGAUGAUCACCGAAAUGACCACAGAACGAAGCAUGCUUGGGGCAGCAUCACUGAAUGGUGAACUUUAUGCUGUGGGUAUGUACCUUAAUAUUCUCUCUUAAUUUCAUGAGUAUUAAUUUUAAUUCCAUGAAAAAUCAUGAGCCAUAUUUCAUGAGUAUUUAAUUUCAUGAUUUUUAGGGAAAGGUAGAAUUGGGAUGUAUUAAAUUUUGUGAUUUUUCUAUUCUUUGACCUCAGAACAGUAACAAGAGAAUUAAGAAUUCUAUUGUACACAACUGCAAACAAAGACAAUCAAGCUAAACAUAACAACCCCAAAUAGUUACAUAGUACUGUUAGAUAGUUAACAUUUACACUCUUGUUAACUUUGAAAUGAGCCAUGAAAUGACAUCUGAGGAAUAUAUGCAAAAAUUUCAACAGGUGAUGUGUCACUACUUAGAUCUUAGGGUAGUGGUCUGCCGGGUGGGAGAUCGUGGGAUCAAACCCCGGCUAGACCAACUCUCAAGGUUGUAAAAUAACUGAGGAGAAUGUGCUGCCUUUGUUGUGACAUUUAUACAUUCUAGUCUUCUAGGAUAAGGACAAAAAACCAUGGGUUCCAUUUCAUAGCUCUUUCACUGUGCUGUUUCUUGAAGGACGUAAAAGAACCUACACUGCUGUUCAUAAAGUAUAAGGGGGGGUAGACCCCGUUGGUGUGGUACAACCUUUGAUGGGGUGGGUAAUGAAGGAGUUGAUGCAAGUCCUAUUUCGUCCUCUGUCACUGUGUUGGGUCACAGUGGAAAAUUUAAAAAUAUAUAUAUAUAUAUAAAAAAAUUUAUUAAUAAUAGUAAAUGUGACACUGAAAAAUUACAUGCAUGACACAUUUUAUGAAUCUUUGCUACAUGUUGCAGGGGGUUAUGAUGGCAUUUUUGACCUUUCAUCAGUGGAGCGUUACAACAGUCAGACAAAUGUCUGGUACCAAGUCUCACCCAUGAAAACGCCACGCUGUCUGGUUGGUGUUGCAGUUCUCAACGGACACCUGUUUGCAAUCGGUGGCUGCAAUGGACAGAGCUUAGAAACUGUUGAAAUUUACAGCCCUGAUAAAAACACAUGGACUAUAAUUGCACCAAUGAAACAGCGGCGUAGUGAUGUUGGAACUGCAGUUGUAGAUGGUCUGCUGUAUAUUGUCGGUGGCUCUGAUGGUAUGGAAUAUCUGAAUAGCAUGGAAGUGUUUCAUCCGCAGAAAAGAAAGUGGACAUCUUCUACAAGUAUGCAAACAACUCGCAAGAGAUUUGGCUGUUGCUCCUGAUUAUUGUAAAUUCUAUAACAGCUGGACUUAAUUAUGUUCAGUUUUGUCUUAUGGUGAUAAUAUUUAACAAAAUGACUGACUAGAUUAUCAUGUCAGGAGCAUGAGAUGUAAAAAAAAAACAUCUUAAAUGACCAAAACCUAGGAAAAUGAUGGUUGUAAAAAAAUUACUGUUACUGUAAAUAUCUUCAGGGCUAGCUCA